CUUGGGCAGGAACCCAGGGGAGGCAGCAACAAGUUGAGCCGAAGACUGCAGGCGAGCGCCGGGUCAGGUGACUGCUGUCGCUGCCACCUUAGGAGACCUCAGAAACCAUGGCCUCCUGCCCAGAUGCGGACAAUAGCUGGGUGCUCGCAGGCUCAGAGAACCUGCCCGUGGAGACCCUGGGCCCAGAGUCUAGGGUGGUCCUAGAAACUGAGAGAGCUCCUCCAGCCCCUCACAGCCCCUCACGGUCUGCUGCUGAAGCUGGGGUCCCAAACGGCCCAGGUAGCAUCCCUGCUGGCGGGGUGACCGUCUCCCAGAGCUACGGCUCCCAGGAUGGCUCGGUCCCACCAGGGGAGGCCGAGGCCCAGGGCGUCCUGGAGGCCAAGGACCCUGAUGUGGAACCACCUGGCCCUGGAGACACGCAGCUGCCAGGAGACUCGGAGGAGCCCCCCUCGGAGAAGCCCCCCAUAGAGGAGCACUCUGCAGAGGCAGACUCAGAUGUAGCCAUCCCGGAGGGGCCACCCGUAUCUGGGGACACCGUGUCCCAGAGCCAGCCCCCCCUCCACAAAGCCGAGUGGUUCAGGACAGGGGCCCAGCGCUCCAGCAGCGACGAUGACACUGAUGUGGACGUGGAGGGCCUGCGCAGGCGGCGGGGCCGCGACCCAGGACCCCCUCGGCCCGUGGCCUCCCUGGGCAUGGCUGAGCCGGCCGGGCAGGAAGGAGCAGGCGGGGAGCUGGGCAUCUCCCUCAACAUGUGCCUCCUCGGGGCCCUGGUCCUGCUGGGCCUGGGUAUCCUCCUCUUCUCCGGUGGCCUCUCGGAGUCUGAGAGCGGGCCCACCACGGAGGAAGCUGAGGCACAGGCGUUUGUGAACUCUGAGGGGCCGGAUGCCAGGGGGGCCGGGCAGGUGGGGCCCAGUCAGCAGCCCUCAGCAGCCCCCGACGGUGCCCCUAGCCUGCAGAGCAUGGCCCUGCUCCUGGACAAGCUGGCGAAGGAGAACCAGGAUAUCCGGCUGCUGCAGGCACAGUUGCAGACCCAGAAGGAAGAGCUUCAGAGCCUGCUGCAUCCGCCCAGGGGGCUCGAGGAGGAGAAUGCACAGCUCCGGGGGGCCCUGCAGCAGGGCCAGGCGUCCCAGCGGGCCCUGGAGUCGGAACUGCAGCAGCUGCGGGCCCGGCUGCAGGGCCUGGAGGCCAACUGUGAGCGGGGCACGGACGGGGUGUGCCUGGGCCGGGGCGCGGGGCCUCGGGGUGGCCCGGUCCCCCAGGAGCCAGGCCCCGGCUUCGUGGAGCAGAAGGGGCGGCUGGAGGCCGAGGCCCAGGCCCUGCGGCGGGAGCUGGAGCGGCAGCGGCAGCUGCUGGGCUCCGCGCGGCAGGACCUGGAGCGCGGCCUGAAGCACGUGAGCAGAGGCGACUGGGCGGCGGCCGACCUCGCAGAGCUGGGCCUCAAACUGGCCCGGAAGCUGGAGGGCCUGCAGCACUGGGGCCAGGACUCCGGGGGGCCCGCGAACGCCUCGGAGCGUUGGCGUCAGGAGCCCGGGUCCCCGAGCGCCAAGGAGCGGAGUGGCCGGGAGAAGUGGCGGGACAGUCAGGGCCACCGGCAGGCCGAGCCCUGGAAGAAUCAGAAGGAGGAGUCGGGCUGGGAGAGGAAGAAGGGCUGGGGGGGCCAGGCCGGGGAGCCGGAGGGGAGCUGGAAGGACGGCAAGCGAGAGAGCCAGCGGCAGCGACCCCAGGAGCCCCCCAAGAAAAGUGGGAGCCCCCACUCCUCUGCGGAAAGACAGAAGCAUCCUCGGUGGAGGGAAGAGGCGAAAGACCGGCACGACCGCCCACUCUGGGCAGAGCUGUCCAGGCGCAAGUACCGGGCCCCGCAGGGCUGCUCGGGGCUGCGCGACUGUGCCCGGCAAGAGGGCCUGGCCCUCUUUGGCACCGAGCUGGCACCCGUGCGGCAGGAGGAGCUGGCCUCGCUGCUAAGCACCUAUCUGGCGCGGCUGCCUUGGGCCGGCCCCAUGCGGCAGGAGCUUCCCCUGUCCCAGGCUUACUUCAGCGAGGAUGGCUUCUUUCGCCAUGACCGCUUCCGUUUCCGGGACUUUGUGGAUGCCCUGGAGGACAGCCUGGAGGAAGAGGCCAUGAGACAGACGGGGGAUGACGACGUGGUGGAUGACUUUGAGGACUUCAUCUUUGGCCACUUCUUUGGGGACAAAGCACUCAAGAAGAGGUCUGGGAAGAAGGACAAGAGCUCCUGGAGCCCCCGAGUGGUGGGGCCGCGUGAGGAGCACAGCCAGCACCGCAGGGGCUGAGGCCUGCAAGGGCCACUUUCGGGUUUUGGAUGGCUGGGAUAGCAGAGCCAGUGGGUAGCAGAGCACAGCCCGAGCCAGCAGCACCCGGCCUGGGCGACUGACCUGGUGGACUUUGCAAAUAUAUGCAAAUACAGAGCCUGUGUGUGGCGGGGAGAGCUGCCCAGGCAGGGGUGUGCGGAGGGGGGUGAGGGGUGGCCCACGUGGCCUUCCUGUUCUGAAGCCAAAUGUUUUCCUCCUGUGUGUAUGCGCGCGCGCGUGUAUCCCCGUGGGGGCCCCGGGACCCCACUCUGGCCAAGCGUGGCUGGCUGGAGGCUUCCCUGGGGCUGUCUCUAGGUGAUCAAGUCCCCUUCUCACCCAGCUCUCACAUGGCCUCAGUGCCCUAAGCCUCCCGUCCCAGGAAAACGCUGUUUGGGCUGUGGCAUUGGGGGAUUCCUUGGCCCAUGGUGCCCCACACCACCACUAUUCUAGACACUGGCACUCACCUCCUUUCCCUCACCCAGGAUGCCCCCGCCCUCUGGGUGGUGCUCCCCACUGGUGCUCAGUGACCUGGGCUGCACCUCCCCGCUCUGCAGAGGCAGGAAAAUGAAUGCGAGUGUUGGAGUCUGAGCUUCGGGCUCAGUGAUCUGAGCCACUUAAAUCGGGAGCCUUGGGGUUAUGUGUUUCAGAAAAGAGAAUGAAAAUAAAACCGUGUAAACCUGG